UUACGAAUUACGCAUGUGACCUCCCUGACACUACUCCCCAGCUUUUUUAACUGUCGGCGCUUUCGAGUUUCAACCAUUGGAAUCCCACAUUAAUAACUACAACACUUCCCUCUGAACAGCAAAGAAAAAAGGAAAAAGAGAAAAGAGAGAAGUGAAUUAGCAACAGUUACUGUGCAGUUGUGCUUGCUGUCUGUCAAACUCAAACUCAAACUUCGCUUUCAAGUCUCACAGCCCGUGACACACACUAACUCAACUCUUUGUUAUAAAUAAGACCCGCUUAUAGCACCAAUAACCACCACCCGUCACGCGCGCGCACACUUACACAGACAGUUACACAGUUACAUUUAUAUAACCCCAACCAUCACACACAAAAAGAGAGAGAAAGAGAAAUAAUGGCGCCCAAUUUGAGCCUCCGAAAUGUGGUUCCGUCGUUGUGUCUUCUCCUGGUGCUCAUCGGGAGAGGCCAACGAGCAUGGGCCCACGACUACGUGGACGCAUUGUCGAAGGCCAUCCUGUUCUUCGAGGGACAGCGUUCGGGCUUCCUGCCAGAGGAUCAGAGACUCAAGUGGCGAGCCCAUUCGGGCCUCAGUGAUGGCUGGACCUACAACGUGGACCUCACCGGGGGUUAUUACGACGCCGGCGACAACGUGAAGUUCGGGUUUCCGAUGGCAUUCACGACGACAAUGCUGUCGUGGAGCGUCGUUGAAUUUGGGGAGAUGAUGCCACCAGAGGAGCUCAGAAAUGCCAGAGUUGCAAUCCGCUGGGCCACUGAUUAUUUGCUCAAGACCGUUUCCCAGCCCAACCGCAUUUUCGUUCAGGUGGGUGACCCAAUCUCAGACCACAACUGUUGGGAGAGGCCAGAAGACAUGGACACAUCCAGGGCCGUGUAUGCUGUUGACGCACCAAACCCGGCUUCUGACGUUGCCGGGGAAACUGCGGCGGCACUGGCAGCUUCAUCGAUGGUGUUCCUAUCAUCUGACCCCGGUUAUUCAGAGACAUUGCUGCGAAAUGCCGUUAAGGCCUUUCAGCUUGCGGAUAACUAUAGGGGUGCCUACAGUGACAAUUCUGAUGUUAAGGGUGGUGUCUGUCCAUUUUAUUGUGACUUUGAUGGCUAUCAGGACGAAUUGUUAUGGGGAGCCGCAUGGCUAAGGAGGGCCACGAAGGACGAUAAUUUCCUGAACUACAUUCAAAGCAAUGGCAAAACGCUUGGUGCUGAGGAUAAUAUCAAUGAGUUCGGUUGGGACAACAAGCAUGCUGGGCUCAACGUUCUUGUCUCCAAGGAAGUGGUAGAAGGAAACGUAUAUUCUCUAGAAUCAUAUAAGGCCUCAGCAGAGAGCUUUCUGUGCACAUUGAUACCAGAAACAGCAGCAAGCUCUCACAUAGAGUACUCCCCCGGUGGACUGAUAUACAGGCCAGGUGGCAGCAACUUACAGCACGCAACUUCAAUCGCUUUCCUUGAAUUGGUUUAUGCUAACUACCUCUCUCGCACCUCUCAAGACAUAAACUGCGGCAACGUUUAUGUUAGUGCCCAGACACUUCGCCAGCAAGCAAAGAAACAAGUUGAUUACAUCCUGGGGGAUAAUCCAAUGAGGCUAUCGUACAUGAUUGGGUACGGCAACAAUUAUCCACAGCGAAUCCAUCAUCGCGGCUCUUCUUUGCCCUCUGUCAAGGAUCAUCCUCAGGUGAUCGCUUGCAAAGAGGGUUCAACCUAUUUUAACUCGACGGGUCCUAACCCGAAUGUUCUUGUUGGAGCUGUUGUGGGAGGACCAGGACAAGAUGACGUAUAUGUGGAUGAUAGGGCUGAUUUUAGGAAGUCCGAGCCUACCACAUAUAUUAAUGCUCCAUUUGUUGGGGUUUUGGCAUACUUUGCUGCUAAUCCCAAUCCGUGAUUACUGCUAAUUACAUACAUACGUACAAGAGGGUCCAAGCUUAUAUAUAUUUUAUAUAUACACACUUCUUUUUUGUGUAAAUGAGAGAAAGAAAGAUAUACAUAGGACGACGGAGGAGAUCAGCUUGCUUGUGUUGGGUGUAUAGGAAUAUUACAAGAUUUGUUUUCAAGUCACAAAUGUACGUAGCUCGUGCGUGACUACUUUUUUUAAGUGUUUAUUUCUCUGGAUUUUGCUAAACAAAAGAGUGAUCUUGGUUUGAUAAAGUAUUUU